AUGCUUGACCCGGGAUCAAUUAUCGCCCUCACGCAAAUCACAUACGAAGGCGCCAAACGGGCUGUCGAGCUAGUUCUCACAGCAAUACACUUUCCCAAAGAGUGCGAGGAGUUAUUUGUAAAGCUGAAACUUGAACAAUUUCGUUUGCAGUGCUGGGGUCGAAGUGCGGGGUUGGAGCAAGGCAAGCUGAUCGAGGCUCUGCACCCAAUCUUUCCAGAGAUACGAAGUGCGCUUGACUGCAUAGGUGUACUCUUCCAGGACUUGAAUAAAUUACAGGCUAAAUUUGGCAUCGUAUCUACGACUUUAGAUGAUGUUGGUCAGAGACAAAAGGAGCUGGCGUCCAAAUGGAACGAAGAACUCCAUAAACAAGGCCUGGCAUUUUCCGACAACCAAAGUGAUAAUGGAGGCCCGUCCCUAAUGUCGAAGGAACAGAAGACAUUCUUUCCGGCUGGAACUUUCAAAGUCAAUCUACCUGUUCGUCUCCGGUGGGCAUUGGGAAACAAGUCCAAGUUCCGCGACUGCGUGGCCGAGCUGGAAAGAUACACCAAUAAACUGAAUCAACUCUUACCAGAACGCCAGAGUCUUCAGUAUAAACAGGACUGGACAAGAGUUAACAUCAUAAUAGUUGGGAAGGCCGAUGACGAGAACACCGUCUCUUUGCUCCGAAAUGCCCUUGAGGGAAGUCCGGCUAUGGAAUCACCGCUUCGUGGCCUAGUAGAUAGGAAAUCAGUCGCUGCAGCUCCGAGCACGACUAACUUCCUGCGAGGCAAUCCCCAGCUCGACAAGAGUGCUUUCGCUAUGCCUGUGGGAGCUCAGAACGAGGAGCGAUUUGUCACGACGAGAAAGACAACCGGUGAACAGGUUCUCUUUGAGAAGAAGUCAUGGGAUGAUGAACGCUCCAUGGCUAAUCGCUCCAAGUUACAAAUGCGCCUCAGCCGACUUGUUGCAAUGCUGCGCCCCGGGAGAAGUAACUACUUUCUUAAAGCAGUCGGCUUCGCAGAAGAUGAAGUUGCUAAAUGUUGGUGGAUCGUAUACGAGAUGGACCCGUUCAUAAUAUCCGACCCUAGAUGUCGUGUGAUGACACUCCACGAGCGUUUGGGGCGUCAAUCUUUCCAUAUGGCACCUCUUGAGGUCCGAGUGAAACUGGCCUUUGCCUUAGCCACAGCCUACUCAGAGCUUUUUAGCAGUGGCUGGGUUCACAAAGCUAUCAGCAGUCACAGCAUUGUGUACUUUGGCUCCCAUGCUCCCCUAAGAAGGCCCUCUGUCGUUGGCUUUGAGUUUUCUCGUCAAGACACCGAAGAGUCAAAUGUCGAUGCCGCCAAGACGCCAGCACAGGUAGAGCGAAGCUUGUAUAGGCAUCCUGAUUACAUCGGAAGUGAGGCAAAGAGAUACAUGACACAGUACGACAUCUACUCCUUUGGACUUGUACUGAUAGAGAUUGGCUUUUGGCAGCCCCUAAAGGAUGUCUGCCCCUAUGCCAAAGGCAAUACAUUCGGGAAAGAGGAGGCGAAGUCUGUACAGAAAUGGGCGAUCCAGGUUGCAGAGACGCAAUUUGCGUUCAGAGUUGGCACGGCAUAUGCCAAUGUUGUGAGCUGGUGUUUGAAAAACAGCGCCAGAGUCAGCAGUGAUCAGGAAGACUGGCAUCCAGCAUUGGCGUUCAAUGAUCAUGUUGUUGUUCCACUUUCUGGAAUUUAG